UUAAAACUAACGGAACUGCCAACAUAAUACAACAAAUACGAGAUAUUAUUUGGAAGUUGACUAAUUUUAAUGAAAUAAAUUAUUUUAGAAGUUAAUAAAUCCAAUUUAAUAAUUAUGAGUGACCAAUUUGACUGUGCACUGGAUUUAAUGAGGCGCCUGCCUCCGCAACAAAUCGAAAAAAAUUUGAGCGAUUUAAUUGAUUUAGUGCCAAGUCUUUGUGAGGAUCUUCUUUCGUCUGUCGAUCAACCUUUAAAAAUCGCUAAAGACAAGGAUUCGGGCAAGGAUUUUCUUUUAUGUGAUUACAAUAGAGACGGCGAUUCUUACAGGUCACCAUGGUCGAAUACCUAUUACCCUCCGUUAGAAGACGGUUCGAUGCCCUCCGAGAGGCUAAGGAAAUUAGAAUUAGACGCCAAUUUAGCGUUCGAUCAAUAUAGAGAAAUGUAUUUCGAAGGUGGCGUGUCUUCUGUUUAUUUUUGGGACUUAGAUCACGGUUUCGCAGGAGUAAUUUUAAUAAAAAAAACCGGCGAUGGUAGUAGAAAAAUUAAAGGUUGUUGGGAUUCCCUGCACGUAGUGGAGGUACAAGAAAAGGGUUCCGGAAGGAAUUCCCACUACAAAAUGACCUCCACCGCAAUGCUGUGGCUGCAAACCAAUAAACAAGGCUCGGGUACCAUGAAUUUGGGCGGUAGUUUAACCCGACAGAUCGAGCUGGAUGCGGCCGUAAACGACAUCAACCCCCACAUUGCCAACAUCGGUCGAAUGGUGGAAGACAUGGAAAACAAAAUUCGGAACACCUUAAACGAAAUCUACUUUAGCAAAACCAAGGACAUAGUCAAUAGCUUGAGAUCGGUGCAACCGUUAACGGAGAGCCGUCAACAGCAAGCGCUUAAACAAGACUUGGCCGCCGCCCUUCAGCGUAGACAAAACAAAUCCGAGAACUGACUGGUUUGCGUCGCAUCGACUAUUCCAAGUAUCUCGGCCGAAAAUAUCGAGUCAGGUUAGGAUUACUUAUACUCAGACUCUCCACGUUUUUGAAUAAGGAAGGUAACGAACGGGGUAUCUACUAAAUUGAAUUCGGUAACCGAAAUCUAAAGCGAUUCGUUUGUAAUUGUUGUAAUAAUUUCAAUAAAAAUGCUUGAUUUUUUUGUUAAUGAAGUUCCAAAAGGUUUAAGUGCACUUAUUGAAUUGAAAUCGUGCUUGGUUGAUCUCGCUGUUCCAUGUAAAUUAUUAUUCAAUUGUACUUUAGUAGAUACCUUUCUAGUAUUUUAUAUAAUAUUGCGUUUUAGAGUGGUCUAUUUCUUAAAAUUUUAUACCUGACCGUCGAUUUUACAGUAUUCUAAAAAUAGUCUAUACUUUUCUUUCGGGCAAUGUAAUAAUACUUUUCCAAAUAAAGUUUGUGUUGCUUAAAAUUCGCCAAAAAAAUCGCUUUUUGCACGAACUAUUUAUUUUCUCUAAUUAAUUGAUUUGUCGAAAACUUAUUUGUAAUUUUUCGUUUAGGUAGAUAUAUUUUUAUGGAGCUCAAUUUUUUCCUCUUGUUAUAAUGUAAAUUUCUAUUACAAAUACAAUUUUUU